AUGGGCCGGAACAAGGGAAAAGCGUCCCAACGCCCCGCGAAGCCCAGGACACCAGCCUCCGGGGAACAGGAGUCCGGAUCAGCCAGCACAGAUGGCGUGCCCAGCCAGGAACACCGACACGGCCUCAACAAGAGCCAUGGGGUGAGACAGGCCACGGAGCCCGCCAUCACUGGGAGCCAGGGGACCUCUGGGGGCAGCAGGAAGCCCAGUGACUUCCAGUGCAAACUGCCAGAGGCUGGGCGGCCACCGGAGGUUCAGGAGAGGAAAGGCAGUACGCCGUAUCAAAGACGCGGGCCCAAGGAGAGAAGCGAGCUUGGGGACAGCUGUGAGGGGCUCCUGGAGGAGGACAGCCUUCCCCAAGGAGAAGGGCAGACAGGCAAGAGCAGCCACCGCAAGAAGAGAGGGAAGCGGCGGGGACCCUCAGCUCGGCGGGGCCACCAAGCGACCAAGAGCCUCGAUGAGGACACGUCGGGCGGCGACGGAGGCACAUCUUGCCCAGACAGCGAAGCCCGCGAGGCACUGGAGAGCGGCGGACACAAGAGCGGGGCCCCAAUACUGCGGCCCAAGCCGGAGCCAUCGGACACAGAAUGGACCAACACCGGGCCGGAGUCAGCGCCAGAGCCAGGCGAGCGCCAGAGCAGCGAUGGCCUGAGCAGCGAUGAGCCCCCAGCUGAGUCCUGGAGCCCGGAAGAGUCUUCUGGGGCAGGGCCCCAGACAGCGAGUGAGGACUCCAGGACAGACGCCGCCGAUUCUAGUCUGCAGGGGGCUGGGCCUGGGCAGGGCCCACGUGCAGCCCCGGGAUCUUCAACGCGCUUUUCCAGGAGCUCCCGGGCUCCUCGGGACACAGGGCCAGCUUGGGACGGGAGUGUCAAAGAAGCGCACCACGGCGAUGAGCCUGAAACAGCCCAGGCUUCGACCUCCCGGGCUCUCCGCCGCCAGGUCGGAAAGGUGGUGGGGAAGGUGCAAGUGGUGGCGGGCGAGAGCGAAGCAGGAGCCGGAGGAAUAGACGAGUCAGGGGACCCAGCGUCGAUGGACGCCCUCGUGGUGGUGAGCAGGCUCCGCGCAAGACCCCCGCCAGGCUCUGCUCCUGAGGCCGUGGGUCCCCGAUGCUCCAGCCUCCGGGAGCGGUUCCUGCGCGUAGCACGAGCACUGGGCUUCCUGCGACGGCUGCGGCUCUGGUCGUGGAAUAACCAAGGACAGGUGCCCCAGCCUGGGGCGGGCGGGGAACUGGGGGCUGGGCCGCCGGCCAACGAGAGGCGGGGCCGCCGGCCAGCACUGCGGCGCCGCCUUGCGUUGCGCCUCGCGGGUUUAGCAGGGUUGGGGGGUUGGCCGAAGGCUCCCCCUGGCGGCGGCUCAAGGCCCCCGCAAAACCUGAAGCGCCCAGACCCAGAUCACCCUUCCGACCAGGAGGACCCGACUCCAGAUCCCAGGUUCGCGGUCGUGUUCCCUAGGAUCCACAGGGUGGAGAGGGCGUCGAUCAGUCGGAGCUCUGGAGAAGCUUCCGCGGACGUCCCUACGGGGGAGGGCUGCGUUUGGCCCCAUGCAGGGGCCAGAGGUGACAGUGAGGGUCGCACAAGAAGUGGGGAAGGGGUGGCCGGGCCCUGCCGCGGCUCCCUCCUUGCUCCGACCGCUCCCGACCGGCUCCCUCUCAACCAGAGCGGCUCCAGCAGUGAAGCGGAGCCGGAGACCCUGGAAGCUGAGACUCCAGAAGCUGAGACCCUAGUACACUGGGCGCAGGACUUGGGCCCAUGCAAAGACCCUGAGCUUGGCACUGUCAUACUGCUGCCCCAACUUGCCUUAGAGACCCGCUUACAGCGGGAAAGGAACCUCGGCCGGUGUAGGUCCCUAAGGGAGCGGUGGGAGCCUGAGGAUGAGGCAGAAGCAGCUCUCGAAAGAGACCUGGAGCUGAACCUCGGCCAGAGCUUGGAGGCGCUGCCCUUCCUUGGUGGCGAGGGUGGGGGCCCUGGAGACGGCCUGGAGGACACUGAGGACCUGGCCCGGCUACAGCUGGUGUGUGACAGCUCUGUGCUGCUGUGCCUCAAGAAGAGAUUCCACCGGGGUCGCAUCUAUACCUUUGGGGGGCCCCUCCUGCUCUCUCUGAACCCCCACCAGCCCCUGCCUCUCUUCUCACCUGAGGUCUUGGCCAGCUACCACCCCAGGAAGGCCCCCAACACCACCCCGCACAUCUUUGCCAUGGUGGCAUCAGCCUACAGCCUGUCUCAGAGCCCUGGGAAGGAGCCCUGCAUCCUCCUGGUGUCUCCCUCUUGCAGUGGGCACAGUGGCUCAGGGAAGACAGAAGCCACCAAAAAGAUUGUGCAGUUCCUAAGCAGCCUGGAGCAGGAGCAGAUGAGAGACAGAGGGUGUCAGCUGGAGGACGUGCUGCCUGUGCUCAGCAGCUUUGGCCAUGCCAAGACCAUCCUCAAUGCCAACUCCAGUCGCUUUGGCCAGGCCUUGUGCCUCUGCCUGCAGCACGGGGUCAUCGUGGGAGCCUCUGUGACACAUUAUCUCCUUGAGACCUCAAGGGUGGUGUUUCAGGGGCAGGCCUGCCAGCUCCAAGACAAGGAUGAUGCCCAGGACUUCACACGGCUGACAAAGGCCCUGCAGGUGCUGGGCUUAUGCUCUGAGGAGUUGACCAUGGUGUGGGCUGUGCUAGCCACCAUCCUGCAGCUGGGCAACAUCUGCUUCUCCUCUUCAGAGUGGGAGUCCCAAGAGGUGGCUGCUGUGUCCAGCUGGGCCGAGAUCCAUGCAGCAGCCCAGCUGCUACGGGUGCCACCAGAGCGCCUGGAAGGGGCUGUCACCCGGAGGGUCAUGGACACACCCUAUGGCCGGGUCUCACGAUCCCUGCCAGUGGAAAGUGCCAUUGAUGCCAGGGAUGCCCUGGCCAAAGCCCUAUUCUCACGGAUUUUCAACUGGCUUCUGAUGAAGAUCAAUGCACGGCUGGCACCACCUGGGGAGGGAAGCAGCACAAGCACCAUCACUGUCGUGGAUGUCUAUGGCUUUGAGGCGCUGCGUGUGAAUGGCCUGGAGCAGCUGUGCAACAACAUCGCCAGCGAGCGCCUGCAGCUCCUCUGUGGACAAAUGCUGCUGGCCCAGGAGGAGGAGGAAUGUCAGCGGGAGCUGCUGGCCUGGGUGCCCAUCCCUCAGCCUCCACAGCAGUCCUGCCUGGACCUCCUGGUGGACCAGCCCCAUAGUCUCCUGAAUAUCCUGGAUGCCCAGACACAACUAUCCCAGGCCACAGACCACACCUUUCUCCAGAAGUGCCACUAUCACCACAGUGAGCACCCGCGCUAUGCCAAACCCCAGCUGCCAUUGCCGAUCUUCACCGUGUGGCAUUAUGCUGGGGCUGUCACCUACCAGGUUCACAAGUUUUUAAAUAGAAACCGGGAUCACCUGGACCCAGCCGUGGUGGAAAUGCUUGGCCAGAGCCAGCUCCAGCUGGUGGGCAGCUCAUUCCAGGAAGCAGAGCUGGAGCCCAGGGAAGGCCAAGGCAGACCCACGCUGGCUGCCCGCUUCCAGAAGGCUCUGGGGGACCUCAUGGCCCAGCUAGGCAGAAGCCACAUCUAUGUCAUCCAAUGCCUGAACCCCAACCCUGGGAAGCUCCCAGGCUGCUUCGACGUGGGACAUGUGGCUGAGCAGCUGUGCCAGGCAGGUGUCCUGGAGGCCGUGGGUGCCCGCAGUGCCAACUUCCCAGUGCGUGUGCCCUUCCAGGCCUUCCUGGCCAGGUUCCAGGCACUGGGGACAAAGAGGCAGGAAAACCCUUCUGACCGGGAGAGGUGUGGCACCAUCCUGGGCCAAAUGCUGGGGGCUGAAUCGCUGCUCUAUCACCUUGGAACUACCAAGGUCCUACUUCGGGAGCAGGGCUGGCAGCGGCUGGAGCAGCUCUGGGCCCAGCGGCGCUCCCAGGCCCUGUUCACCCUGCGCCGUGGUCUGCAGGCCUGUAUCUUCCGCCAGCGCCUCCGCCUCCUGCCCCGGAUGCAGGCUCGUGUGCGUGGGUUCCAGACCAGGAAGCGGUACCUCCAGCGGCGAGCAGCUCUGGGACAGCUGAACACCGUCCUUCUGGUGGCCCGGCCCCUGCUCUGGAGGCGACAAAAACAGCAGCUUGGGCAUUGGUGUGGCUGGCUUUCGGACAGAGUCUCGGGGAAAAUGCCAAGCAUGGAGCUGGGGAGCUUGGAGAUCCCGGCUGAGCUGGCCGUCAUGCUGAAGACAGCAGAAGGCCACCAGGAUGCCCUGACUGGGAGCAUCACCGAGUCUAUGCCCCCUGAAGUCCCUGCUCGGCCCAGCCUGGUGCUCCCACCAGACAUUGACCGGUUCCCCUUCUCCAGCUUCGUCUCCAUCGGCUUUCAGGAGCCAUGCCUGCCCCGCCCAGGGCAGCCACUGGCCAAGCCUCUGACGCGGCUGGAUGGCGAGAACCCUCAGCGUGCCCUGGACAUCAACAAGGUGAUACUGCGGUUCCUGGGGGACGGAUCCCUGCCGUCCUGGCAGAGGCAGAUCAUGGGCACUUACCUGGUGCGGCAGGGGCAGCGCCAGAUGGGGCUGCGGGAUGAGCUCUUCAGCCAGCUCGUUGCCCAGCUCUGGCAGAACCCAGAUGAGCAGCAGAGCCAGCGUGGUUGGGCCCUCAUGGCCAUCCUGCUAAGUGCCUUUCCCCCUACGGCAGCCCUACAGAAGCCACUGCUCAAGUUUGUGUCUGACCAGGCCCCCACGGGCAUGGCAGCACUGUGCCAGCACAAGCUGCUGGGGGCCAUGGAGCAGUCACAGCUGGCGCUGGGGGCUGCUCGGACUCACCCACCCACCCAGCUGGAAUGGAUGGCUGGAUGGCGGCGGGGCCGCAUGACUUUGGACGUCUUCACCUUCAACGAGGAGUGCUACUCGGCUGAGGUGGAGUCCUGGACUACGGGAGAGCAACUGGCCGGGUGGAUCCUGCAGAGCAAAGGCCUGGAGGCGCCACCCCGUGGCUGGUCCAUGUCACUGCACUCCAGAGACACAUGGCAGGACUUGGCUGGCUGCGACUUUGUGCUGGAUCUGAUUGGCCAGACGGAAGACCUGGGGGACCCAGCUGGUCCAUGCAGCUACCCCAUCAGUCCCCUUGGCUCAGCUGAGGCCAUCCCCCCUGCCCCUACUGUCCAGGCCCCCUCGCUGCCCCCAGGACCUCCCCCAGGUCCAGCCCCGACAUUGCCUAGCAGGAGCCACACAGGUAAGACCAGCAAGGCCGGGAGCCUGGAUGGAUUCCUAGAGCACCUUUUUGAACCAGUCCUCUCACCAGGCCUCAGGGAUCUAGAACAAGGCUGGGAUCUAAGUGGCCGCAUGAAGGGAGGUGGUGCCAUGGGACCCAUGCAGCAGGGCUACCCCAUGGUGUACCCAGGAAUGAUGCAGAUGCCUGGAUACCAGCCAGCUAUGAUGCCUGCACCCAUACCCAUGAUGCCAGCCAUGGGCGCAGGCCCUGCCAUGCCAACCAUGGUGGUGCCACCACAGCCACAGCCGCAGCCAUUGCUCCCUAGCCUGGAUGCGAGGCAGCUGGCAGUCCAGCAACAGAACUUCAUCAACCAGCAGGCGCUGAUCCUGGCCCAGCAGAUGACCACCCAGGCCAUGACCCUGUCCCUGGAGCAGCAGACGCAGCAGCGCCAGCGCCAGCACCAGCAGCAAGCUGAAGCCUUGAGGGCUGCAUCUCAGACCCCACCUAUAGCUAUCACACCCAAGCCCAAGAAGCCCCCUGCUCCCCGGGAAGAGCCAGAGCGUGAGCUGGAAUCGGGGGGCACCUACCUAAGGGGGAUCUCAGAGGAGGCAGAAGAUAGGUCCCUGCACCCCAGAAGCUUCCAGCAGAAACGGGACUAUUUCCAGAAGAUGGGGCAACAGCAGAUCAAGGUGAAGGCAUUGAAGCCUCCUGCCAAGGUCCAGAUCCCCCAGAGGGAGGAACAGGAGGAGCAAGAAGAGGAGCCAAGAACAGUGCUGUCCCCUCCUCCUCCCCCCGCAGUGAAGAAGCGUUCGAAACAAGGUGAGACCAAAGCUGCAAAAGAGGCUGAAGCUGAGCCAGCCGGAGAGGCAGGAUCUGGCCAUGAUCAAGAGCGAACCCAGGGCAGGGCGCUCAUGGUGCAAAGCUUGGUCCACACAUCCCAGCGGCCUGAACCCAGCAAGGAAAUUCGCAACAUCAUCCGCAUGUACCAGAGCCGCCCAGGCCCCGUGCCUGUGCCUGUGCAGCCAUCCAGGCCUCUCAAAACUUUCCCAAAGAAAAAUGAUCCUAAGGAUGAGGCUCUGGCCAAGCUGGGAAUCCAUGGUGCCCACUCAUCCCCUUCGACGAUGUCCCCCAGCCCAGGGAAGAGCCCACCACCUACUGUAGCUCCUCGACCCAAAGCCCUACCACAGCCUGGGCCUUCCAGCUCCAUCAAGGAAAAGCAGGGGCCCCUUCAGGACUUGUUUGGCAAGAACAUGCCCACUACCCGGGCACCCCAACCUCCACCAGCACCCCCACUGUCUCUGCCUGAGGACCCAGGGGCCCCUUCAGCUGAGCCUCGUGGCUUGAUGGAGCCUAUGGGGGACCAGAGCACCUCCACCCAACUACUUGUGCCCUCUGCCAGCGUGAGCUUCUCCUACACCAGUGCACCUUGGAAGUUAUUCCUACGCAAGGAGGUGUUCUAUCCACGGGAGAACUUCAGCCACCCCUACUGCCUCCAGCUCCUCUGUGAGCAGAUCCUACGGGACACCUUUGCUGAGUCCUGCAUCCGGAUCUCCCAAGAUGAACGGCGUAAAAUGAAAGACCUGCUGAGAGAUUUGGAAGUGGGCCUAGACUCUCUCGCCACUGCUGAAGACAAUGUCAAGAAACGCAUCGUGGUGGCUGCUCGGGACAAAUGGGCCAAUUACUUCUCCCGCAUCUUUCCAGCCUUGGGUGAGAGCGGCAGUGAUGUGCAGCUGCUAGGUGUGUCCCACCGGGGCCUGAGACUGCUCAAGGUGUCCCACGGCCCCAGCUUCCACCCUGACCAGCUGAAGACGCUCUGCUCAUAUAGCUUUUCAGAGGUGCUGGGGGUGAAGUGCCCAGGUGGCUCCACCCUGGAGCUGUCACUGAAGAAUGAACAGCUGAUAUUGCACUCAGCCAGGGCGACAGCCAUCAAGACCAUGGUUGAGCUAUUCCUGAAUGAGCUCAAGAAGGACUCGGGCUAUGUCAUUGCCCUACGUAGCUACAUCACGGAUGACUGCAGCCUCCUCAGCUUCCACCGCGGUGACCUCAUCAAGCUAUUGCCAGUGGCCACGCUGGAACCAGGUUGGCAGUUUGGCUCUGCUGGAGGCCGCUCCGGACUUUUUCCCACUGACAUGGUGCAGCCGGCUGCUGCUCCUGACUUCUCCUUCUCAUCAGAGCAGAGGAGCCAGCACAAAAGUCACUUGCAGCUUGGGGAGCCAGGGCUGGCUCAGUGGGACAGGGCCUUGGAGCACCCUGCUCCAGCGCACAGUGAUAACUCAGAGGCCACCAGCCUGCCUUCGUCCAUGGCCUACGCCUCUCUAUCCACUGACUCCCAUAGCUACACCAUGCAGGAAUUUGCCCUGCGCUACUUCAGAAAGCCUCAAACCUUGUUGGACCUGACAGGUGGAGCUGAGGCGAAGGCUGUGGCCAGCCUAGUGCAGCACAGCAAGGUUCCUAUCCAGGAAUCUCUCAUCAGCCUUAGUGAUGAGGACACGAGCAGGCAGGCUGUGACCAGCUUUAAGGCCCUGAUGCAAUUUAUGGGUGACCAAUCCAAGCCCUGGGGCAAGAACGAGCUGGAUCUGCUCUAUAAGCUGCUGAAGCUGUGCCAGGAGGAGAACUUAAGAGAUGAGAUUUACUGCCAGGUCAUCAAGCAGGUCACAGGACACCCCCGGCCGGACCACUGUGCUCGAGGCUGGAGCUUCCUCAGCCUCCUCACAGGCUUCUUCCCUCCGUCAACCACGUUGAUGCCCUAUGUGACCAAGUUCUUACAGGAUUCUGGCCCCAGCCAAGAGCUGGCCCAGAGCAGCCAGGAACACCUGCAGCGCACAGUCAAAUAUGGGGGCCGCCAACGGCUGCCCCCACUGGAGGAAAUGCAAGCUUUCUUGAAAGGUCAAGCUGUCCGUGAGCUUCUAAUACACCUGCCUGGGGGGACGGAUUACAAGAUGAAUAUCCGGACUUUCACGGUGGCAACAGAGGUGCUGGAGGAGCUGUGCAGACAGAUGGGCAUCACAGAGCCCCAGGAAGUGCAGGAAUUUGCCCUCUUCCUCAUCAAAAGGGAGGGUGAGCUGGUACGGCCCCUCCGGCCCGGUGAGUACCUCAACAAUGUGAUGGUGAACCCACAUGUGAGCCUGCACAGCCGGCGGCUGGGCUGGGAGACCCCACUGCACUUUGACAACCCCACCUAUGUCAGCACCCACUACAGCCAGGUGCUGCGGGACUACCUUCAGGGGAAGCUGCGGGUCAGCGCCCAGGCAGAUGCUGAGAUUGCCAGGCUGGCUGCCCUGCAGCACCUCAGCAAGGACAAAAAGACACCCCCCUCAGAGCAAGACCUGCUGGCUUACAUUCCAAAGCCGCUGCAAUGGGGGGUGAGUGUGACCACCAUAAAGGGUCUGAUGGGCCAGGAGCUGAGACAGCUGCAAGGACAGAGCUCCCAGGAAGCACAGAUCAGCUUCAUUGAGGCUAUGCGCCAGCUACCCCUCUUUGGCUACACCAUCUAUGUGGUGCUGCGGGCGAGUGAGCUGACCCUACCCGGACCCUCCCUCCUGGGGCUCAACCACCAGCACCUCCUCCUUAUGGACCCCAGUUCUCAGAAACCGCUGUGCUCCAUCAGCCUGAAGAGCCUGCAUCGGCUCCACCUGCUGAGCCCACAGGAGGUAGGAGGCACCCCUGGCCUGGAACUCAACUAUGGCUCAGCUGACAACCCCCAGACCACCUGGUUUGAGCUGCCACAGGCCCAGGAGCUGCUGAACACCAUCCUCUUCUUCCUGGACAGCACCUGUUCCAUUGAGUAGCCCGGCCUCAACUGAGUGGGAUGGGGUGGAGACGAGGAAGAGGCCUCUCCCUGGCGCGAGUUUCAACCACAUGGUCUGCCUUGGAUGCCAUCAAGUCAUUCUGGUUUGGGCUUUACUGCUUGGCCCUGUUCUGGAAACUGACACAGCACAGCCAGCUUGCCCAAGUGGAGGCACAGGCUGGAACAGUGUCACCAACCGGGGAGGGAAAACAGCCAGGCUCUCUGGGGGGCCUGGUUCUGGGGUGAAGGCUGCAGGAGCUCAGGCUGGGAUCAGAUGUUGCCAGUCUGGGGGAGAUGUCCACCCACGCCAGCCUCCCACCU